AUUUGUGUGUGUAUGUGUGUGUGAGGAGCAGAGUUACCUCCAUAGUGAGAGUGUCGCUAACCACUGGACUGUGAACGCUUAAAGAACAGGAGGAACCCCUCACGCAGACUCGCUCUCGAGGAGUUAAAGAUUAAGUUUGACAUUUUUACUUUCUUUAGGUACAGGUUGAAGCCGGUCCAGAAGCGAGCAUUAUGCAUUCAGACUGCAGGCUGCUAUGGGCAGAGCGGUAAUGGUGGGCAGGGGACCGACAGGGGCUGGGGUUCUCGUCCUGUCGAUUCUCAUCAUCCUCACCAAGGAGGGCUGUCGAGCACAGAAAGGUUGGUGGUGCCGCCGCACAGCUGCGGUGACAACUGGGGGAGCCAAACGUAACCGCGCCGACAUGCGGGUCAUGCUUUCUGUAAAGUGUGAACACUGUUGUUUGUAAGUUAGAGAAGCAUGAAGCAUGUUGAUAUUGUUCUGCCAAGUUAAAAUCUACCUUACAUGGCCGUGUGUACGUGGAGUACCGCUCGGUUUACACCGCUUGCCGCCGCCCGUCAUGGUGUUUUGGGUGUUGAAAAACUAGGCAAACCGGUUCUUGAAAAACUGAGAUUGGGAAAGAAUAGCUGCUGCUUUGUUUAACUGCUGCUCGCUGAAUUAACGUGUAGGCUAAAUUCAUAUGUCAGAAGCUAUAACAAACUAUGUAUCACGUAUUUACGUUUAGGAUAAGCCAGCUGCAUUUAAAUAGGCAGAUUUGUUAAUGGAGUCCGGUUUAAGUUUUCUGUGAACGAGAAAAACAGCUCAUUAUGGAGCUAGUGGCCUUGUUCCUGGCUCCAGGUAUCCCAAAGCUCGACGCUCCCGUGAACUUACUUUUACUUUACCAAAGACAAGUGUUAUGAUUUCAGUGCUGGUUCACUCAACACCAUAUUUUAACCCAAAGUAGGUUUAAAGUGGGUUUUUAUGGUGUAGCUACAACCAACCUCAGGUAGUCAGAGAUGGGGGUGGGGUAGCAGUGGGGGUAUGACUGUAAACACGUGGACACAGUUUGUCAUAGACUGAAAAUCCAGGUGAAAUAUCUCUGGGUAACUUGUGGGUCAUGUCCAAACCUCUCAUUGGGUCUGAUAACUAACCAGUGAAGUGAGGUUUGUGUUGAGUUUUUUGGUACAAAGGGCAGUAUGAGGAUGGUAACCUGAACUCUCACUGAGUGCCUUGCAGUUGUUCAGUAUUUGUGAGUCAGAGUGAAGCUUGCAGCUUUUGUUUUUGUCCUGUUCAUCUGGAUAGUGUCCACUGAGAGGUUCUUACAUAACCCCAGAACAUCCACUUAGCACCAUGAAGCGUGACUGUUGAGUGUUAUCUCAGGGCCAUGAGCACACAGCAUCAACAGACACAAUAUCUUUACUUUCUGACAGCUCGGAGGACAAAACUAACCUCUCCUGUGAAGAUCUGAUACCAUUACAAUUUCAGAUUUUUAAAUGAGUUUAUAUGAGAUAUUUAUCUGCUUAAUCAGAAAGCUGCCUUUUUAGAGUUCAUGUUUUUUCCUGCUAAUUUUCUCCAAAACUUUUAUAGGACUAUAAAACCAUGAGUCGACAAAAGUUCAGUUUAAGAUUGUUCGUUUCACUUAUUUGUUUUGCCUGUAAAACACAGUAAUGCCUUUUUUAAUUUUAUACUUUUAUCUGACUUAAAAUCCAGUUCAUGAUCACAGGUGAAGUCUAAAUCAGGAAACAGAUUACAAUUUUAUAUCUGACAAUUAAAGGAAGUUUGUCAUUUUUAGUUUUGCAUCAGGUGUCCUUUUUGAGAAUGCAGCUUAAUAAUGACUGGAGUUGAAUUUACAGUACUAUGAUUAACAUCAGUUACAUGUAGCACAAGGUAACAUAUAAAUAGCCUGCUUCUGUGCAGGCCAUCUACAUAUUGCAAAUGCUUGUUGUGUACUUGUUUAAAAACAGGUCAAAAAAACCCUCCAAACCAAAACAAAGUUAUGCAAAAGACAACUUAAUGAUGUUGUGAUUUAUUUCCCCGUCAAAUGGUCUCAUUUUAUGAGUGCCAAAUGACUAAUAUGGCUGAUGUAACAUUUAGAGAUGUGCCAGAACAAGCAUGUAUGCUCAAGAAAAGGUUUAUGUCAGAGGAACACAUCACUUCAAACAAAAAGAAGAAAUGCUCAACCCUGUGUGUUUUUUACUUUUAUAUCUUUGUAUCUUCACAUGCAGAUUCUGAACAUCUUACCCUGUGUGUGGCGCUUGAUAUGUCUAAAUUAGUUUGCUUGUUUUACAGAAAUGUAGCAUCAUACUCUGUGAGGCAAACUUGCAUCUUGAGACAGCUGUGAAGUUUUUAUAUUCUUGUUAAUAGAACAGGGAGUGUUUUAGCAGAGGUAUCAUAAAAUAGUAUCACACUGGACAGGCUGAGCCAAGAAUCCUCCAAAAUGCUGGUGUUUAAUGCAGUAAAAGACAAAAAAAGUGUGUAUUCUUGACAGGUGGAGAGGCAAAAGUUAAAAAGAUAUGACUGUUCGUUAAAGUAAUGCUUUUUAGUUGGAGACGGUCGCUGUUUUUGGUUAAUGAUAUAUAAACCAUCGUACAAUACCUCAAACUCCGACCCUUUAAAAAUAUGCAGACAUUGUAAAACGAAAGGCUUACAAAAGUGUGUUUCCCUCUUUCAGGGAAGUUUUGCUCAUAAAUCUUGACUUUAUAAAAACUAUCUUUGUGCUUUCCUUUCCUGUUUCCACCUCAUCUGUGCUUUAUUACGGUCAUCCUUUUUGCUUUUCCUGUAACCCUGUGUUUGUGUCUGCUUUGUCCCUCAGGUGAUGGCUGUGGUCCCAGUGUGCUUGGCCCCAGCAGCGGGACUCUGUCCUCUCUGGGUUACCCGGGGACAUACCCCAACAACACGGUGUGCGAGUGGGAGAUCAGCGUGCCCCACGGCCGCAGGGUCCAUUUUCGCUUCGCCGAGCUAGACAUAGAAGACGGUGAUUGCCAGGUCAACUACCUCCGCCUUUACAACGGCAUCGGACCGGAGAGGAGUGAGAUUGGUGAGUGACAAGUAAAUAUAGACUCAAAUAGAUUAGGAGAGGAAAUACAAUAUCUCUUUCUGAAAUGAUGCUGGACGGUUAAAUCCCUUCAGAAACCCUCCCACGCUCUUCUGCUAUCAGAAAGAGGCGUGGGGAGCUUUUGUCCCACUAGCCUGAGAACCAAACAAAUCUAUGAGCUCAUGUUUUAUUUGCUCCAGCAGAUGCUUCUCAUCCCAUUUGGGACAGAUUUGCUGCCAGCCUGUUUCAUGUCAGGCCAAUCACAACUGAUACUUUGCAAAUGGUCACGUUUGAUAUGACUAAUGGAUACAGAAGAGCCUCAUUAAUGAAUUUUUGAUUACAACCAACAUGACUGCCAGUUUGUGUCACACCACCUCUAUCUUUUUUUACUUCUUCCUCUUUACAUUGAUAACAAUCCAUAACUAGAAUUUCCAAAUAUAAGGUUAAUUGUGGUAAGGGGUUGGACCAUCUGUUGGUGACCUCUUUUGUUAGAACUGCACUUCAUAGGCAGCUUGUGGACAGAGCUCGGCUGGCUGUUCAUAGAGGCCGAUGUAAGUUUGUCGGCUCCAUUUAAUGUCUAGACCUUGCUGUUGCUGGAAAGAGGAAGUGGAGUUGUUAAAGCAGUGUUGGUCUCAUUAGUCAUCGACCAGGAAGGGUUGUAUCUUUAUUUCCAACGUAAACAAAGUCUUUCAUGAUGGGAUUUGAGCUGAAUCAGCAUGUUUGUUCUUCUCCUCUCUUUAUGUUGGUUCACUUUUUUGUCAGGUGGUAGACAACAUCCUGUCAUUGAGUUGAUUUAAAGCCAGUAUACAUUUGCUUUGUACAUCGUUUUUUUUACUGAUGCCAAAAUACUCCCCAAAAAGUAAUUGGGUUAAAGUGAAAUUACCUUUUCAAAAAACAAAUAAACAAAGAAAAGCACAAGUGAACACAAAAGUUACUCAGUCACAGAGUAAACCAUGUGCAGCUAUACAUUUAUAUUUGUAUGUCGUUUGCAAUGACUCAAGUGGUCUCAACGUUUUUUUUCGUCUGUCUCACUCGUUCACAGUGAAGUACUGUGGCUUGGGUCUGAAAGUCCAAGAGCUGAUUGAGUCAACUGGCAACCAGGUCACCGUCCAGUUCAUGAGUGGGAGCCACCACACAGGACGUGGAUUCUACCUGUCUUAUUCCACCACUGAGCACACAGGUAAGAAGACCCCAGCGUUCUCUUCUUUUUCACUGGAUCACCACAAGAUGCUUGGAGAAAUCAAAACAGAUUAUAUACGAUCUCUGUGGCGGCUGUUGAGCUCAAACACACUGAAUGGUCAGAAGGAUGUUUAUUAGGAUGUUUAUUACUUAAGGACAUAUAAGUUUUAGUAACUGCACCUUUUUUGUUGUUGUUGCACUGGUAAUAUAAGUUGUAAGAUUUGAUUGCUAAUUUUUUUGCUGCACUUUUCUUUGAAAGCAUGUUGGGUUCUUAAAUUAAUGUUUUGCAGCAUGUUUUUCAUGUUUUAUUUGCUGCAGACUCUGGUUUAUGUAUUUGCAUUUGCAUCAUUUGACACUCCAUACAUUCUUGUUGCUUUACAGCUAAACACAGUAAAGAUGGGCACAGUUAAAUAUUUACGCAGUUUUUCACUACCUGUGCUUUUGAGGAAUUAGGAGAGCUUUUACAGUGUUCUUUUGAGGGUGCACUUAAAGGCAUAGAGCCGAUAAGGAGCUGCUCUGCUGUGAAUGCCCGACGCCGAUCAGCCACAUAUCUGAAAUUCUUGCAGCAGUGAGCAAGAUCAUCAUGUCAGUGGACAUUGGUCAUUUUAUCACACAUUGCUGCAUACAGACGGGUGGCACCAGCUGAGGUUUAUGGCUAUUAGAGCAGAUUCAUUGUCUCCUAAACCCAAAGCCCAUCAUUUCUGAGUCUUUUUCUUUGUCUCUCAGUGAAAGAGGACUUCAAGUGAGUUUAUUAUCCUUAAAUUCUGACUCUUUAUCUGUGAAAGGAAGUUUUGGAAAUUAGCAGAGAGGCAUCAAGAAGGAUGAUGGUGGAAAAAGUGAAGCAUUCAUAGUUGUGGAACAGGAUCUAAGUAUCAGGAGGAAGUGAGGGUCAUUGAGAGAAGUGGAAGGUAAUCAUAUUUUGUGGUUAUAUUGCAACGGUUCCUGUCAGUGAGAAGCUGCUAACUUCUGAAUCGAUAUCAAAUUACCUAAAACAGUGUGUGCAUGUUCCUCUCAGUUUAGACAUGCUUCCCAAAAGUCAAGGUCAGAUCACACUACAGUGCAUGUCACUUCAACAACCAGUGGGUUCAAGGUAGAGUCAGCAGGUAUAGUCACUAAAAAAAGGAAGAGGCUGCCUGGUGGUGGAAAAAACAGAUUUUAGGACUGAAAAGUUGACAAUCGCAUUAAAUAGAAGGUGAGAUUUUACAGGAGUGCUAAUAUUGUGCUUUGAAGUGGUAAUAUAAAAAGUGCAAAUCUUUCUAGGUUGGAUCCUGUUACUAUUUUGUUAUUAAGUGCCAAAAGAUUGUUUAAGAACAUUUUGAGGCUUUAGUAGCAGGAGAUAAACAUUAAACUACACUGAUGGAUUAUAGUUGUACAUCUCUUAUGCUUUUCUUAUGUAGUGUUAAUUAUCGAUUGAUCAAUUUUGAUCCCUAAUACUCUAAGAAAAUCAAACGAUUUUAUAGAGUUUGAGAUGCCAGAAUUAGAGGACUCCCUUUCACCUUUUAUUGUAUCAGUCCAGACACCUGUAUCUUUUGCAUGAUUCUCAGCUCAAAUAGAACUUUCUGUCUUAAACUGGCACCCUUAAUUUAGCCCCAUUCAGUCUUUACCUAUAAGUGAUACAAAAGUGAGACACAGAUUGUGGGUGUUUCUUGUUACACAGUUAAGUAGUCACGAAACAACCUGACAUUUAUGACUUAAAAAAACCAUCAGUACUCACUUAGCUCCCCAUUUAGCCAUGUUCGCAUACGUUUGCUGUUGUUACAUUAACUGCUGUGAUAAUGUCACUGACAGCCUGUGGUUCAAAGUCGUAAUGGAAGGUCUUUGUCCAUAAAACAGCCCCAGGCUUUAGUAUUGAUUAGGGUGUUGAUCCAGCUCGUACUGGUCUUUGUUUACAAAGGAGUCAUCAGUAAAGCGGUGAGCACAAACGGCUACAGUGGGGUUGUUGCGGCCCUGAAAACAUACGUCUUUAAGAGGAGAAAAUACCUGCAACUUUCCAAGACAUAUUGAAUCAGCAAAGUGCAGAACCGAGGAAGAAGGCAGGUGGUGUAAUGGACUUUAGAGCUGUCAGAUGGGCUUGUCACUAAAUAGAGUCUCAAUAGGGUAACACAAUCAUGCUGCGGUUGGUCUCAAAACAAAGCUGGAAUAAAAGUUCAACAUUAUGCCACCAUUUAUGUAUCUCAUAUUCCAAAAUUCAGUUCAGUCUUGACAUUUAAGAUUGUAACAUAUGAAAAUAAUCAACAUAACGGGUCUUCUUUAAUGCUUUACAGCCUCAUUUUAAAAAGAUAAAUAUAAGUGGCCAAGACAGCAGUAUAUUUCCCUCCUCGGGUAUGUCUGAUAGAUUUAACAUGUAGGAAUCUCUCUGACUCAGUAUCAGAACGACAUAGACGCUCCUGUGACACAUCGGCUCAUGGGUGAUAUGUCAUAUGAACAGGUGUUUGUUUUAGUGAAAGGCCAUCUUCUACUCGGACUUUGACACACAACAGGAAAAGUUUGAAUGUGGAGGAAUAUUAAAUAAACGGCGAAAAUGUAGGAAUCAGGAAGAGAUUUGUGAACAAAAAGACAACUUCUAUACUUUUUAUAGUCUAUAAACUUUAUUACAUUUGGUAUGUGUUGUGCUUUGUAUUGGGCAUGGAUAGCUGUGCACAUGUUUGACCCAACAGCAUGAAAAAUUAAUGUUGUGUGUCGUUAAGCUGAUUGUGUUCAUGAAUAAAACCUUCUCUGCUGUGUUUACAAACAUGAUGAUGAUGAUAAUGUGAAGGACACUGUUUAGCUUAUUCACUAACUACAAUGUGUCCCAUAAUGCAUUGUGUCUUGGCCCACCUCUGAACAGUUGAUUAUUUUUCAGAAUAGCUACGAAUGGUGGUGAGGUUGUGACAUAGAAGCCCUGGUUAGACUAUCAUAUUUAUUUUCUGUUUCUCACCUGCAGAAUAAUAAUUCAAGGAUUAAAAUUUCAAUGAUAUCAACAUUAAGCAGCAAAUCAAAGGAAAAAAAUGCAGUCAGGAUUUUAAGGUCCUUUAUAAAUGACUGAACAUAAUGAUCAGUUUUUAUUAUUUCCCAAAUUACUUCUCUCAGUUUACAUAGUCUUAUAGAUAGUUGAAGAAUUGGCUAAAAUCAAGAGUCUUCCCUGUGUAAACACCAAGAAUCUAAAGAUACCCUAGAGUAAUAGAACCAAUGAGUCAAUCAAGUCUGAUCUGAGGCGUUGAAAAUAAAUGAGUCAAAAAGACCGACCCUCUCUGGUGAAGGAUUUACGCAACUUUGAAGAUCACAGCUGUAAAACUGAUACAGCUGAUGAUGGUAUAGACGUGGUCAGCUGAUUCAGGAGUCCAUCAGAUAUUACGAAGGGAAGAUGUGACCUCGUCUCUAAGCAUGCGGCGAAACAAACAUGGCUGUUGGUGAACCUCGCUGCUCACUAAUUCCCCCCGAAGCACUGCUGUGUGUUUUUCAUGUAACUGACGAUGCGGAUGAGCGUGGGUGGACAGUUUGCACAGCUAAGUAAAUCAGUCACCAUGGUGACUUGCGGUUGCGGGGAGUAUUUGUCAGUUUGACUCACUGGCUGGUUUUCCAGAUAAAUGGGAUUUUUGAUAAUGUGGUCAAGAGACUCAGCUGAACUGACCACCACCACGGGAUUUAUGAAGAAUUCCCGGCAGCCAGCAGCUUCCUGUGUAACUUUUCACUGUAACACUCCUAAAAUCAGCGAUUACGUCAACUUCAACCUCAAACUGGGCGAUCUCACAAUUCUAUUGACCUAACAAUGAAUAUCAUUAUUCAUCACAGAGAAUGGUGUUGCCACAAGUAAUAAAAAUUAUUCAUUGUGGGGUCAUUGUUCGUUUUUCUAACUGUUCUUUGAAAUUAAAAAAAAAAAAAGAAUCAAAGCUGAAAUGAUAAUCUGCAGUUUUUCCAAUUUUUCAGGAUUCAGGUCUUUAUCGAGUCAGAUAUAAGUUGAUCGGAACAGGAUAAACCCCAAGUUUUUACAGAUUCAGCCUCUCAUAGUUUUCAGACUUCACCAAAACCCUUUUAUCAGCCAAAAAUGAAAAACAUGAAUUACCAGGAACAGGUUGUCUUUCCUCAGAAUAAUGGGAACUUGAAGACAAAGAGGGUGACAGAUUUUCAGGAGUGUGCAGAGGAACCAGCACUGACUCUGUUUGUUUGCCUUCUGCAGAUCUAAUCACCUGCCUGGACAAAGGAACUGAUUUCCCUGAGGCAGAGUUCAGGUAAACAGAGUCUGUUUGUGUGGGUAUUUGUGCAGCAUCAGCCCGUCUGAUACUCAUUGUUUAUUUUUGUGCCUCUGUCUUUUUAGUAAAUACUGUCCGGCUGGCUGCUUGACUUCUACAGAGGAGAUUUCUGGAACUGUACCAAAUGGCUACAGAGAGGUGAGAAUCUGCAGAACACAUGAGUAUGAGAGCGGCAUCUUAUAGUCAGGUUCAUCAUGACAUCUUCACACCAUAACCAUUUGGCUACUCAUGUUUCUUUGAUCUCAAAGGGAUAUUCCGGCGUGAAAUUAAUUCACACCUCAACACCGAGUUAGACACUCCCUUGAGAGAUGAAUGUUGCCGACUGCUUGCUUCUCUAGUCAUACCAACCUUUGUAAUGACCGCAUGAUAGCAAUACACAACGGUCUGAGAAGCCAUAAACAAACCUCAACCAAAACACCACUCUAUAGCCACAAAUAAUACUCAGAACAGCAUCUAACUUCAUCAACAGUACAUAUAGGGUCCUAGCCACCAAACAUCUUUUUAUCUUUGCCUGAUUUCUUUAGCAAAGAGACUAAACACAACUCACCUACUCUCUUCCAGCAGCUGCUUGUUUGUAGCGAGACCUCAGGCCAGUCCAUUUCAGACUACAGUGAGGCAUCUCAAGGAAAAACAUUUAUGAUCAUCUCUUUAUGGAAAUGCAAUCAGACAGAGACACUAAGGCAGAAGAACUACUGCGUCUGCAGUGCAAAAUGAUAAAUAAGGUGAUUAUUACUCCAAGGAAAUAAAGAAAUGAUCAUAAAUGUUCUUCCUUGAGCUGCGUCACCCCGCUGUAGUCCGUAAUGCACUGGCCUGAGGUCUCGCUACAAACAAGUGGCUGCUGGUAGAGAGUAGGUGAGUUGUGUUUAGUCUCUUUGCUAAAGAAAUCAGGCAAAGUUAAAAAGAUGUUUGGUGUCUAGUACUAUGGCUGGGACCCUAUAUGUACUGUUGAUGAAGUUAGGUGCUGUUCUGAACAUUAUUUGUGGCUAUAGAGUGACGUUUUGUUUAAGGUCUGUUUAUGGCUCCUCAGACUGCUGUGUAUUGCUAUCUGUGGCCGUUACUAAAGUCGGUAUAACUAUAGAAGCAAGAAGCAGUCGGCAACACUCAUCUCUCGAGGGGGUGUCUACCUCUGAGUUACGGUGUGUUUUAGCCUGAAUUAAUUUCACGCCAGAAUAUCACCUUCACAUCACCUUCAGAAUGACACAUUUCUGGUUAAAUUUGCUCCCAGUGGUAAAUAAGCAAGCCUUCACUGUAAUUUUCUUAAAUACCAUUAUGUUGGUAUGUGUCCAUUGACUUUGUCUGUAGCUGAAUUGGGUGCAGGUUGAAAGUCUUCACUUUUUUACAAAGCAUUUAAGCAUUUCCCAUUUCCAUCAAAGUGUGGUAUUGGCAACGAACGAAUCAAAUCGUAUUGAUAACUAAAUAUGGACAACAAAGGCAUUUUAUCAUGUAGGCAAAGACCUUAUUAUGCACUUUCUUGGCAACUGAAGUGUCCUAUCACAUUGGCAACAGCAGCCUUUCUUGUACAUUCAGCUGUUUUGUUUUUUAUUGGCAUCAAAAGUAUUGUGUCGAAGUGACAACAAUGAAUAGUGAUGUAAGGUCAACUGAAUAUUGCUUUAUAUCGGCAACAAAAGAUGGUUUAGUUGCAGUUUGUUAUCUGAUUAGUCAAUCAAUCAGAGUGUUGCCUUGGCAACAAUCUACUGUCCUGGUUUUUUUUCACCUCCACUCAGCCGUGUCCAUCCAAUCUGCACAUCCUCUGUUUCAUUUUUCCUCCUCCUCCUUUUUUUUUUAAAUGGGUCCCCCUCUCUGCGGUAUUUAAGUCCUGCUCUGAUGACCUCACAGCACCCCUGCUGUGCCUGAGAUCAUAGGCGCUGAGUCUCUGGCUGAUGACCUCAUGCUCAGAGCUUGAAGCUAGCUGAGGCAAAGGGGAGACAGAGAGACGGGAGGAGGGAGGGGUGUCGCUGGCUGACGGGGAGGACAGGGAGGAGCGUCAGGGUGUGCUUCAGGGAGUGAGGUGCCCCACAGGAACAGAGGAGGGGCAGGGUCAGAGGGUGAAAAGGAGGUGAGAUAAUAGUUUGGCUGAAAAUAAUAAGCCUCUAAUCCAGUCCAGCUGCAAGACGGUGCUGAGCUGAGCUGUGUUCUGUAGAGACAAAAAGCUGGAGGGGGAGUCGGUGUGAUUGAGGAGUUUGAGGAACAACUUAUGUAUAUGCAUGCCUUCUUGUGUACGUGCAAGUGAAUCAUCAUGCAUGUGCUCAAGUCUGGAAACCUAAAACCACAAUAAACCUCUCUCUGGAUACUGUCAUAUCUGACAUACUCAACUCUGUGUAGCUUAAGGUAAUAGGAACAUGUUUCUACCAGAAUUAGAAAACACUGUAAGAUACAUUUCAUCUGUGUUGGGAAAUGGUGAAGUUAUUACCACAGUUGGGAAUUAAUCCUGUAAACAAAUCAAAAUAAUAGUGGCAGGACUUGCGUUGGCAGCAGUUGAAUGUUUUCAGCUGUGAGUUAAUGCUGGGUUGUUGAUGUGUUUUUGGUGUUGAGCAGAGCUGCCUCACUGUCCUCAUGCGGUUCAAGCAUUCCUAACACACGCGGCAAUAAAAGUUUGAAAUAAUCGUAAAUAAAAUGAUUUGAUCUAAACAACCUUCACUGUAUGCCUCUGCAUAGAUACUAUAUUUUACUCAACACAAGACUGUAUAAAGCACGGAUGUAGUCUCUGCCAUGUCACCCACUGAUUUCUGGGGGGAUGUUUCGAAGUCUUACUAUGUGGGGCGCCAUGAUGGAAAACGUUGACUCAACUCAGCUUCCACACUAUAAACAACACAGGCAAAAGCUUUUAGCCUAAUGUGACCCUAACCUGGUAGUUUAUCUGUGCAGCUGCGCCACAAAAACAACCUAAAAACAGUUGUUUGGGAUGUGUGAUUGCAGAUGACAGUAGAAGCUGUGAGCUGAAAUGUACUUUCUAAUACUUCUAGAUUUAUCCCUCUGCAUAUCUCAAUAUUAAACAAAAAAAAGCACAUUUUUCUCAUAGCUGUCAGGCCUCAGUGUUGAAUGUCCCCAUAGGGAGUUUUGUUAUAUGAAAAUACAACUCCAGAAAACGCUGUAGAGCCAACAUUUGGAGGAGUAAAGUCUGCUUUUGGUGUAUAUUGGCUGCUAAUCUUAACUAUCAAAUGUAUAACAAGCAUUUAGAAAUUCACCAUUCAGUGACUUGUCAAAUGUCUGGGCCUGUGUGUCCUCUGAUUCACACCCGGAUGACAAACACACAGCUGUUGCUCCACAACAUGAAUUGUCACAUGGGCUGUAGUUGAUCAGAGCCAGAGAGAUGUCAGUCAAAGCCGAGCGAGCAGUCUUAGACGGACAGUUUUUCAACUAGAUUUAAAACCACUUUAAGACUCAUGUUGAUGCUUCAGAGACUCGGCUUUGAUGUCCUGUGUGAAGUUUUACUAUUUCAAGCCUCAUUUUCAAACUUUAAGUGGUAUCGUGUGUGUUUAAUGAGCAUGUCACUGUGCUGUAACGUAUUGUGUAGACAUAAGUCAGGUUGAAUCACUCAGGAUGUACCCACACCAGAUCCUGCAGCUCAAUUUAGGUUUUAUAAUCUUCUGCCUGUCUUUCUGUGCUCCAUGCUGGAUCAUGAAUUUCUUCAUCCCACCAAUUAAUAACAGAAAAUACUCUCACAUGUCGAUUCGCAAUAAUUGCAUAUUCAUGUGUGUUUGUGUGUGUUUGAAUUUAAGGGUGUUUUAGUGUGGUUUUCUCUGUUGGAGGCAGUGUGCAGUGGUUUGGAGCAGCGCUUUGUUUUUGUGUUAGUGGUUUGGUGUGGCGCUCUUUCGGAAGUGCUGGUGUGUGUUUUUGGGAAAUUUAAGAGUCACAAGGCAGUGUGUUGAUUACUUGCGGCAGGAUUUGAACGCCGUGCGUGCGCGUGUGUGUGUUUUUGUGUGAAUACAUGUGCUUGUCACUCUGUGGGUCUCCAGAGCUUUUCGCCACAAUCUCCUCAGCUGUGAAUUCCAGUGUGGGUCUUUUCCAGUAAUAAAAUUCCACCUCACUCGGCCAGCUGUUCACUGGGGGAGCCUGUGUGCUGAGUGUAAAUUGUGUUUUGUGCCUUUUGUCAGUGAUGUGGCAGCAGGUUUGGACAGGAAUGCCGCCGGCAGUGAAUCAUUACCGACAGUGCCCCUCGGCAUCCUCUCUGCAGAGAAGUGACAUCACGCUGACUCAUCAGGCUUUAUCUGCCACAGUCUGAAGGUUAACUGCUUUGGUCUCUGUGGAAGAAGACACCUCCUGUUCCGGCUCCUAUGCUGGAAAACUGUUGUACUUUGCAAUUGUAUCAAAUGGUAUGGUGCCAGGGGUGCGAUUUUGGCACUUUUUUUUUAAGACUGUGAGCUUCUCCAAGAGCUCAUUUAGGAACCAAAGAUCUGUUUUGAUUCCUUCCACACAACAGUAUGUGUGAUUUAAUCGGAAAACUGUGUUUAUGUAAUUUAUUUCAAUUUAGUUUUUAUAAGUGUGGUCGGAAAACUCAGCUCAAAACUCUGUUUAGGCCUGGUGAUGUGGAAAAACCAUAAAUUUGAUUCUCGUUAAAAAUGGAUGAUAAAAUAAGAGUUGAUGGAGAUACACCCUUGCCUUUCCUCAGUCUCUGACCAUUUGUGUUGUUUGACUUUCAGUUUUCUCAUAAACAUUGCCAUGAUACAAUUGCUGUGAGGUAAGAAACUGAUACUGUUGCAGGCUCAGGUCAGAGGCAACUUCAGCUCAUUGGCUCUCUGACUCUAACUUGCCGGGUGACUGAAGAUCCGGUACAAUAUAGUAUGAUAGGAUAUAAAACAAUUUACAGUAUAUGUAAUCUAUAUAAUGCCAGACAUCCCUUUAAUGAUACACCCUGUUCAAAAGAGUAGCAUUGAUACAUACAUACCCACCACUUCAUGUUUGGUUUCACUCUGAUGAUACUAUCUACAUUUUUUGUUUCUCUGUGUAUUGAUUUCACACGUUAUUAUAGAUAAUAUAAAGUAUUACUUCAAUCCUUUCUUUCCUGUUUUCCUCCCUCUUGCAGUCUUCUCCUCUGUGUGUGGCAGCGGUCCAUGCAGGUGUGGUGUCCAACGCUGUGGGAGGGAGGAUCAGCGUGGUCAGCAGUAAAGGCAUCCCUCACUAUGAGGCCACACUGGCAAACAACGUCACGUCCACUGGGUAAAAGCAGCAUCCCAUACACUUGCUUAAAUCUGAUUUGUAUUUGCUUUACAUUCAUAUAUCUACUUCUGUAACGGUGAAUCAAAAGAAUCUGCAUAUCAGAUAAUAGAAAUGUUAUUUGUUGGCCACAUAUUUACAUAUUUAUGAACUAAAUAUUUGCUUUUCUCCUCAGAGGAACUUUAUCUAACAGCCUUUUUACCUUCAAGACCAACGGUGAGUGUGUUUGUCUUAGAAGCACAAUCAAAUCCUUCAGAUUUUUGGAAAGGUCUUCUGCAUGUCUUAAUAUUGUCUGCAUCUGUCCUUUUUAAAUACAUGAGCAUAAAUAUUGCGGUGCCUAUACCUGAUGGUUAUGAUGGUAAUGGUCUCCUUGUGCAUGCAGGCUGCUAUGGGACCCUGGGAUUAGAGACUGGUGGUGUUGCAGACACUCAGCUGUCUGCCUCCUCAGUGUGGGAGUGGAACAACAUCAACGGUCUUCAAAGUGUGUGGGCACCAUCGGGGGCUCGGCUAAAGACAGAGAGGCGGCCCUGGGCACCGUCUCUGAAUGACCAAAUGCAGUGGCUGCAGGUCGACCUCAAGAGGGAGAAGAGAAUCACAGGUACAUAACUACAGGCAUCAUAUGAGGACUUGCACCCUAUAAACACCCCUUUUCAGACUUUUCAGGCCAUUGCUCCACCUGAAUGCUCUGUGUAGUUGGUCCUCAGUUAGUUUGAGGACAAUGGUGUUCAGCAUGACACAGCAGGACAGGAGAAUAUAUAGAAAGGUUUACCUUAAAUUUGUCUAGUCCAGUUAGUCUUCACCCCUCGUUGGUCUGGACCACUGAGUGUAUAAACAUGGUCUUAGUGCCACCGGUUGGUUUCUUCAGUCUUUUAAUGAAAAGUUGACUCAGUCCAACUUUUUGGUACUUUCGAAACAGGCUAAGAGGUGGAUUUGAGGUCAUAGUCUUCAGCUUGGCAAACAGUCAUAACACACUCAGCUGUCUGUCAAAUCAGUCAUGUCCCCAGUAAUGCAUAACUCCAAACCUUUUAUGAAGUCAAAAUGAGUCAUGAAAAUUCAACUCACUCGCAGAAUUUGUAUGUUAAAAGUAAUAAGUUAGCUAAGAAAAAAAUCAUUUAAAAAAAAAAUUGAUUUAGGCUGUUAACAUGUUUUAGGGCCUGUGUCCACUAACAGCAUUUUUUGGGGCUAGAAGGUCUGUUCUGCAUUCAGAACCAAUGUAGUUUAGCAUAUUCAGCCUUUUGUGUCUUAUGAAAAACACCCUCUGUAGCAGCUUAUUGUUGUUGCUGUCUUCAUAGAGCUUUAAAAUAUAAAUAGUUCAACUUUCAGUACACUACCAAGCUUGUCAAUGUCACUGCUCUGUCACUAAUCUACUCAGGAGGAAGAGGGGCAUCUGGUCUGGAUUUUGUCAAGAGCAGUGAUGGCAGUACUGAGAGUUCAUAUGGAGAUAAAACUGAUUAUUUAGGGUGGAUUGCCAGUGCAAAAAUGCCAUCAGUGGACACAGGCCCUUAUUCUGCUGUGAAAAACUAGUAUUGUCAUACGGUUCCCUUUGCUGUGGGAGUUAGCCUCAAGUGAACUCAACUUGUUCUAGACUCAACAAGCUCUGGAUGGAGUCAAAGGGAUUUUUUCACACAUUCAUGGUACCCAGAUGAAAGAAUCAUAUUGACAAAUGAUUAACUCUCUAAAACUUUGGUUGUGGUGAGAGUGGCAGUAGAAACAUAUUCAAGUCUGAAGAUAAACUUUGUUAAAUGGGAUCAUCAGAGAAACAGGCACAAGUGUUUAAGCAGCGGCAUGCUACAUGGUAAAAGAAGAUGGUUUACGGUACGCUUGCAUCAGCAGGUUUCUAGAGUGUGCCGGCAUGCUGACAUUAGCAUUUAGCGUCAUCCCUAGAGACAGCAUAACUGAGUUUGUAGCAUUGCUGUAGACCAUGAAAUGUUUUUAAACUGUACAUUAUCUACAUCCUUUCUGUUCUCCCAGGCAUUAUCACCACUGGCUCUACCCUAAGAGAGUACCAGUACUAUGUUUCAACAUACCAGGUCCAGCACAGUAACGACGGUCAACAGUGGAACAUCUACAGAGAGGCUAAUUCUACCCAAGACAAGGUAACACAAGCGCCAAAUCAAUAAACCCUGUUUGCCCAAGAGUUGCACCGCAACCUUUGAUGUUUUCUUUCCCUUCAAAUGAGUGCAAACGAACAAAAAUGUCACUUUAGAAGACUACAGGGACACAUACUUGGACUGUUUCCAUGGCAACUGGUAUUGACUGAGAGAUGCUUAUGGCAGGAAAUGAGGGAAGCCGGCGGUUUGAGUUAAGUGCUGUGGUGGACGAGUCAGUGCUCAGGGGUAUUAAUAAUGAAUGGAUAUGGAUUUAGUGGCUUGGUUGUUAGUCUGAACUGCUGUCUGUGAGCUGCUCUCUGCUGGGAUCCUCUCCGCCCCUGAUUGUGUGGAGGAGAGAAGUUAUUAGCUUGCCAAGUUUGAAAAAAUAAUCAGCUUAUGGCUUAAAGUGCAUUUGUUCACAGUCUGAAACAAGAAUAUCUGUGCUGAUUUUUUUCCUUCUAAGCUACUACCACUGUUGGGCUUAAAUCUCUGGCGAAAGUGAUUGAGUGCAUUCUUAUUUUAUGGUAGAUUUUCCAGGGCAACAUCAACUACCUGCAUGAGGUGAGGAAUAACUUCAUUCCCCCGAUUGAAGCCAGGUUUGUGAGGAUAAAUCCAACCUCAUGGCAUCAGAGGAUUGCGCUCAAGCUGGAGCUGCUCGGCUGCCAAAUUCCACCAGGUAGGGGAAAGGGGUUGAUUUAGAGAUGAAAACAGAAUGAAAGUUUCAUCAGGAUCUUAAACUUUCUCCUUCUGAAUCUGAUUUUUUUUUAUUAACAGAGAGGCGGAGGACAGUACCAAAUCCAAGGAUUUUCAACCCUCCCCAUCAUUCCCCACCUUCAAGGGGAACAAAGCGCCCACCUCACCUUGGCCAAACCACACACACCCCAGACAUCAGAAACACGACCAUGCCUCCUCAUAAUAGCAAAGGUGAGUUCGAUUUGUGAUUUGCAAAGGUUUGUUUGAUCCUUCAAAGAGGUGUUCAGAGGCCAAUGGCGUCUUUUUUGCUUUUAGAUGUGGCGCUGGCAGCAGUUCUCGUCCCUGUGUUGGUCAUGGCUCUGACUGCUCUCAUCAUCGUUGUGGGUUGUGCCUGGCACUGGAGGAACAGGUGUGUAUCCUCUUCAUCUCUCAAAAAUAAUCUCAGCUCCUUUGAAAAUGCCAUCUUUCACGACUUUGUUCUUCUUUCAUAGGAAAAAGAGCUCUGAAGGGACAUAUGACCUUCCUCACUGGGAUCGCACAGGUACAAACACUGUCUACUUCACAGGCUGUUCCCUCAGCAUGCGUUUUCUGAUUUUCUCGUGUUAAUCACUUCAAAACUCAUUAUGUUUGUUUUGCAGACUGGUGGAAAAGCAUGAAGCAGCUUUUGCCCUCCAAGAUGGUGGAGACGGAGGAUACGGUCCGGUACAGCAGCAGUGAAGUGGGCAGGCUCACAGGGAGAGGAGCUGUAACCAGACUACAUGCUGAACCUGCAGGUGAUAACGGUGUUACAACUUGUUUUAGGAGUUUGAAGAAGUUUGUUUCUUCUAUUACAAACACGUGAACUUUUAAGUCAAAAAUCAGCAGAAUUUACCUCUUACUGCGUUAAAAAAUUUGAGGAUAGAGUUUUAAAAACACUCACAAUACAUUAACUGUCAAACUAUUGCAAAACACCUCUCAGUGUCUUUUGCUCCUCCUCUGCUAUUGCAGCAGUCUCCCUUUUCUCAGGUCGGUGACUCACUGCAACUGUUGCAAGUGUUUACAGAUUUGCAAUAUUUACAACAGAAAGGACUAAACAAGUUAUACUUCUGUUUCCUGAAAUAUUUGAUUAAAUGAAGUGGAUGGAGCGGUCCAUCCUUUUCUCAUGAAUACUUUCAGUGUUAGUCCUCUCUAAACAUAUUCAUGAAGAUAGAUGAAUUAAAUUAUGUAUGUCAUGUUGUAGUGAGGAGCUCCAAAGACACACUUGAUGUCUGUUUUUGAUUACAGUAAGAUCAAGAAAGUUGGUUGCAUUGUUGUACAAGAUGGAGUCUUUGUUCCAGGUUCUCCCAUGGUGGUGACGAUCCCCACUAGGUUCAACCAGGUCCACAGCUGUGUGGUACCAAUUCCUUUAACCUUAUGGAGUUUACAGUGCUGCAACUACAUCUAUGGUUGAGCACGUUAGUAGUCGUGAGGCUAAAGUGUGAAGAGUUUGGGGUUUUCAUCAGGGACAGAACAUCAUAUCAUUGAAAUCAGAAACAGGGUUGAUAACUGACACUCGAAGGCUCACAUCCUCUCACAGAUCUGGAGUUGUAGUGUUUGUAUCCAGUGCAGCUAUCACAGAUUUGCUCAGUUUUACAGACAAACCUGUAAACUCGUUUUUUAAGACUGUGAUAUCAUUCUCUUUUCAGAGUACGCUCAGCCCCUGGUCAGUGGUGUAACAACAUUAGGCGCCCGGUCUACGUUUAAACCAGAUGAGGGGCCUGAUCCGGGCUACUCAGAUCCCGACCUGUACGAUGCUCCGAUCUCACCGGACGUGUACCACGCCUACGCAGAACCUCUUCCAGCUUCAGGAUCCGAGUAUGCCACACCCAUCAUAGUGGAUAUGGGCUGCCACCCAUCGGGGAACUCCACAUUGAGCCAGCCCUCCAGCUUCAUGAGUGCUGGGGCCACCUCCCUGCUCACACAGACGGACAGCACCCACUCAGGGAGGUCGGCUUACGAUACACCCAAAAACGCCACUGGACAGGCCACGCCUUCUGAGGAAUUGACCUAUCAGGUGCCACAGAAUAAACCAACGGGACAGAGCUGAAGAGUCUGGAUGCAAACGGCCCUAAUCUGCUCCUCACUGAUGAACAGACAUGGAGGGAUGUCGGAGGAAGAGGGGGAGGGAACCUGGGAGCCCUUAGAGGAGGGGCCUAAGUCUUGAACGAACACUACCUUAGCUUUAGAUUCAUCUGGAGAUGUCUGUAUUGCCUUAAUGUUUCUGCAUGGCCACAAUCUGCUUGUGUAGUGCCAUUACAGUCCUAUCACUGAAACCACAACGAUGAAUGUGUUAGUGCCAGGAGUGAGAGGCGGAGACAAGGCGAGGAUGACUGGAGGGAUGAACAGAGGGAGGAUAAAAAGGAGAACGCUGACUACUAUUUGAAAAGACUGUGUCCCUGUUCUGUGAUUCUUAGUAGUUUUAUUUUUUUUCCAUUCUGUGAAACUGUGAUUUCCAUGAUUUAAUUUCUACUCUGUUACAAAGAGAAGCAGACUUGGCUAAAUGUGCGUUAUGAUUCAUAAAUCAGAGUUUGCUUUUUUAAUAGAAUCAACGAAAUGUUGCAUGAAAUAACCCACAUCUUAAGUUCAAGAAUUCCACCUUUCUAGUUUCCAAUGGUACGUUUUUGUUUUAUUUCUUUAAAAAGCAUGACUUGAAAUUGUGUAUAGUUCUUUAAAUUCCAUUACUGCAAACCUGUUAGAGCUCUCAGAUGAUUUACUUUUAUUUAUUUUUAAUUCACAUCCUGCUGAUAAGGAGAAACUCUUAUUAAAAACAGCCCACUGCUCUUCUCAGCCGUGGCAUAACAGAUCAUUUGGGUAGAACUGUUGUGAAAACCUCACCAUAAAGAGACAUUUUUGAUCAAUCUUUGAUUUAAAAAGUUCAGUUUCAAGAACUUUUUAAGGGAAACUCCUAAAAAAAACAAAACACUUCUUGAAAUACACAAGACCAAAUGUUGCCUUUUUCUGCGCUUAUGCAAUGUUGAACCACAACCGAGCCACGAUAGUGCCAACAGUGUCAUUAAAGUGAGCGUGUCAGCAGUCUUAAACAAGGCUUUUUUUAGUUCCUAGCAUACAGGUACAGAGAAAAGAGUUAAAAAGGUGAAUCUGUUACAGGUGAUGAUUUCAAAGUUUCCCUGAUGUUUGUAGAUUUUAUUUUAUUCGUACAUCGUGGUGAUUGUCUCGUGUUUAAAUGGGUGUUUGGUCUGUCUUUAUGCAUUUGAGUGUUUCCUCCGUGUAUCUAUGUGCAUCGACAUCUGUAAGUAUGUAUGUGUAUGUGUGUGUUUGUUGUUUUUUGGACUGGUUUUUGAUACAGUGUCUAGUUGUAGUUGGAUGUAUUGGAUCGUCGUCGUCGUCUGUAGCACCAGUAGACUGCAUUCCUCUCCUGUGGUACUAAUCUGACCAAACAGUCUGCGGCAGGAUUACAGAUGGAGGAAAAAAAAAGGAACGAGCUGCUUCAUAGAACACGACAGAUUAGCAACCUCACCUGGGUGGAGGGUUUUAUUCACACAGCUGUGCCGCCAGUCAUGGUUUGAAUACGGUCAAUUAAUGGAGGCCUUCUAUUCACAGUUUUGGUGCUCCCUGCUCACAGAGGGAUUGUGUUUAUGUGGCUCUCACUGAUUGUAUAUAGAGAAAUAAAGAGUUUUUAAAAGAAAAGAAGUUA